GGAUUCAAUCGACGAUCGUCUACUCGUGUCUGUGUUUGUUACUUCCUGUAUCAAAGUCCAGCUGAGCGGCUGGUGGAGCAGCAACAGAGGGUGAGUGGAGAUGUUCACGCUGGAGCCUCACAGGUCGGUGUUUGUCAGUUGUCCGUCGUUGUGAGAGUGUUCGGGCCGCAGACAGACAUGCAGCAGUCUGUGGAGGCUCUGGUGAAGGUCCUGGAGUCCUACAGAGGAAGAGAUAAAGUUAUCAGGACGGUGUGUUAUGGCUCUCAGCUGGUUGGAGGAGUUCUGUCCAGGAAGGCAGAGGCGGACGUUUCCUCGCAGCAGCUUGGGAAACGUCUGCUGCUGUUCUCUGCCCAGCUCAGCCAGUGCCGCACGGUGCUGAGGCUGUUUGAUGAUCUGUCCAUGCUGGCUUACUCCCACAGCUAUGGGACGGGGACCGAGGAGGAGGACGCAUGCGUGCGCUGGAUAUCGGUGCUGACCAACGUGGCCGACCAGCUGUACUACCCCUGUGAGCACAUCGCGUGGGCUGCAGACGCCGAGCUCAUCAAGGCGAAGUCUGAUAAGUGGUGGCUGUUCAGCACGGUGCUGUGGGGAUCAUCACUGCUGCUGGGAAUCCUCAGAUCACUCCGCGUUCUGCUGCUCCUAAAGAAGAAGCUGAAGGGAAAUGAGAGGGACGGAGGUGGAACCAGUCGCUCUCAGCUCCGUGGACAGAUGCAAGGGGAGGUCCUCUCCAUCCUCAGCAGCAUGGCUGACCUCAGUAAUGCCAUUCACUGGAUGCCGCCAGGCUUCCUGUGGGCGGGACGAUUCCCCAACUGGCUUGUGGGGCUGAUGGGCACCAUCUCGUCUGUGAUUGGUUUGAUCCAAAUGAGCGCAGGCGACAGCGAACAGACAGGCAGCGCAUAGUCUUCACCUCACAUUGGGGAACAGAUCAGAUGGAUGAUGUUUAUUGGUGGAAAUCGCUGAUGUGAUCAGACCUCAGUCAGGCUCUGAGUAGAGAUUAAUUUCAGUUGCAUUCAGUUCCUAAAACAAAUGGAAAAUUAAAUCAAUCGGACAGCAGGAGGGGAGAGUUAGUUAACUGCUGCAGAAUUACAAUCACAAAAUUUAUUUUUAAUGUCUUGUUACAUGAAGAUUAAAUAUGUACAUGUUAUGUUAGUACAGUGAAGAGGAUUGUAGAAAGCAGGAUUUCGGAUGGAGGUAGCUCCUGGGUUAGAACAUGAUACCUGUGACUUUUUCCUCUUUAAGACCAUUUUAUGCCUAAGGAGUCAUGGGUUUCUUUACACUGUGCAUACUUCUAUGUCAGAAUGCAAAAUGGUCAGUGACUUCAUCUUGUACCUGAGACAAGUGCUGAUUGUUGAAAAAACCACCAGGUUUAACAGGUUUGUGUGCAGAGAAGAAGCAACGAGACACUGAGGUCAAUAUACAUUUAGUUAAUAAUGGUCAUGUUAAGAAAUCCAACCUGUGUGGUGAUUUUAAGAGAUACAGAAUGACAAGAAUGUUUUAAUGUGAAAAGAUCAGCAAAUUGUUGCCUUAGAUACACACUCCGUUUGCCUAGUAAUUAAUAGUGUUUCUUUUUUAUUAGGUCCAAGCCUUUCGAUGAUUUUUAGGAGUGGCCUACAGGGAUCAGUCAAGAACAAAUUGAUUUCUGUUAGAUAAUUGGAAGACCAACUCACUGGUUUCACUCAGGUGUUGUGGCUGCACUAACUGGCGAAAUUAUCUGCGGAAAUCUGAUCUUGCAUUAAAGAAUCACUACAAAACAAACAAACUAGACAACACUGACUUUAUACAGAAACAGUCUGUGUUACUGGUCAAAAGCUGCUUGAUAUGUAAAUUGAAUUGUGUGUAAAGUUAUUGCAGAUUAUGUAAACUAAUGAACUUUUUAAAUAAAUUGAAUUCUGUCAUCACUUGGA